UUUUCCCCAGGUUUGCACGACUCUGUUAUUGUGGGAAACAACAAAAAUCACUUAACCUCGUUAAGCAACUGGCUUGCACCCGUCACAAAAAGCGUCAAUUCUCUCUGGAAACGCUGUUGGCGUGCAUCCGUGGACGGCUGGGCUGCGAGUACAUUUCACUCACGAUGUGACAGCAAGGGCCCGACUGUGACAAUAAUAAGGGUCGGGAGAUAUAUUUUGGGAGGAUACGCAAGUAUUUCAUGGGGUAAGUGAGCAUUGUAAGCCAUGGCAGUGGCAUCUAUACCUUUGACGUAAUCAGUUAGCACUGAUAUGUUCAGCUAAAAGAGCAGCUUGGUACUUAGCAAUAUGGAAUCAUGUGACUCUACCUUUCAUACAUGGUUAAGUAGUGGCGGACAAAGGUUCUAGGUUAAUAGCUCUAGAUGCGGGCCAUUUCCCCUCGUUCCUCAAGGGGCGAGGACCACCCCUCCUACUCUCACAUGGAGUGAAUGAGUGCCACACCCCCCUCUUCUCAAGUUCUGAUUCUGCAGAUGAUAAGUGAUGCAUUUCUAGCCUGUCAAGACGGGUCCAAAUUCCAGGCUAACACUAUUACAAUAAUAAUUUUUAGGUUAUAAAGUAUCGAUAUUGUUCUGACUUUCUUGCCUCCCUGCUAUCUUCCAUCCUUCAAUUACCAUAUUGCAAAAGAAGCGACUAACGUACUAGAUCGCAAGUUUUUGGUGAAAUUCGCAAAUUUUGGCAAAGAAAAAACACGCUCUCUUGACAUGUCCACGUACGUGAUACACCAAGACGAAGGUUCAUUUCACCGAUCAAACUUUCGUAAUUUUGCCUAAGUGAAAUGUUGCGAAGAGGAUUCUUCUCUUCGGAUUCGAACGUACUUAAUAGACUGAAAUGGGUGACAGAAAUACAUAAUGUUUUAUACCUUUUCAAGGAUAAAGGCUCCUAAAACUCUUUAUUGUCUGUUUCCUUUUAUUGUCUUCUUAAUACAGUACCCUUAAAAUCAAACGAAGUAUUAAUUUACCAAUAAAAGUGUAUUGCGACAUGCACCAGUUCAUGUAAAAAAGAAACUUCUAGCUUCGGUAAGUGGUAAAAAAGACAAAAACAGAUAAAUUUGGAGAUUUGCUCCAUAAAGUUAUAAAAGAACAUAAAUUAUUAAUUACUAAUUUUUUCCCAUAUCUAUUGCUUGUAAUUGCAAAUCUUUUAAAAAUAACAUCUCCCACAGGCCGGCACCUUAGCCUCGGUGAGCUUGCAGCCACAUAAAACUUUCUCCUGAGCGGACGAACCACGCUUGCCUUUAGUACAGCUGUAUCUUUUACCAAAAUACCUGGACGUAAAUAACAAUGCAAUAAAAUAAUAUUCAUACUAAUGAUAAUGAUGAUGAUAAUAAUAUUAAUAAUAAUAAUAAUAAUAUAAUAAUAAUAAUAAUGAUAAUAAUAAUAUUUAUAAUGAUAAUGAUAAUGAUAAUAAUAAAGAAGACAUAGAAACUGAUUUCGUUUUUGAUAAAUGACGAACGUUACUGAGAAACUCUAUCGAAUUUGUUUUAUGAGAAUAAGGUAUUUACUGUUUUUAAUUAAUAAUAAUAAUAAUCAUCGUCAUCAUUAUGACAGGCACAAGGACAAUGUCGCUAACUUAUCUUAGAAAAGUUUUGUUUCAUUUCUUUUAGCUUCUGGUUCUGGCCGGUAUCAAUACGACUCAAAAGCCUUCUUAUUUUCGCUGGUAAACAAGCCAGGAUGGGCGCCUGUCAAAUUGUCUCAGUCAGGGCAAUAUAGUUAUGGCAAAGAAUCCAUAUACUUUCACUCAUCCUAUGGACCUACAUUCGGAGACGGACAUGACAUUUACAUAGAAAACUACGCGUCAUCUAAUAGCAAUUCUUACAGCAACCUUGGCUAUACUUACAGCCCACCGAGCGGGUACAGCUACCUCAGCACCUUCGCACGAACAUUCCUGGCAGGAACUUACAAGUUCACACCAGACGAAGUUGAAACCUUUUACGAAGCAACCUAA